AUGGCUGAAAAAUGGCGUUUGUUGCUCAUUGAUGGUCCUUCUUCACCUGGCAAUAACAUUGAUGUCUACUUGCGCUUGUUAGUGGACGAACUGAUUGAAUUGUGGGAAAAUGGUGUUCAGACGUACGAUGCAGAAACUCAUCAAAUGUUCCAAUUGCACGCGGUCUUACUGUGGACAAUAAAUGAUUUUCCUGCAUAUGCAAAUUUGUCUGGAUGGAGCACGAAAGGUGCUUUAGCUUGUCCUUGUUGUAACAUACGUACUCGACAUCGGUAUUUGAAGAAUGGAAGGAAAAUUUGUUACAUGGGGCAUCGCCGCUGGUUGAAUGCGAGUCACAAAUUUCGAAAAGAUGGUGCGUCUUUUGAUGGAACUUCUAAAUUUGAACCAUGUCCAACUCGGUUAUCAGGGGCUAAUGUGUUACGACAACUAGGGCCUAAGCAUCAACCAACUAACAGACAAAAAAGAACUAGGAAAGGAAAGGAAAAAGAGGACAACGAGGAGGAUCAUAAUUGGAGGAAGAGGAGUAUUUUCUUUGAGCUUCCAUAUUGGGAGCAUAAUUUGAUUCACCACAAUCUUGAUGUAAUGCACAUUGAGAAGAACGUGUGUGAUAAUGUAUUGUGGACGAUAUUAAAUGUUGAUGGGAAAGGAAAGAAUAAUUUAAAUGCUCGUCGAGACUUGCAAGAUGUGGGAAUUCAAAAGACAUUACAUCCUAAAAAAGGGGUUGGGAACAGGCAAUUAUGCUCCAAAACUCUAGAGCCAGAUGGGUUAGAUCGUCUUCAAUCCCAAAUUGCUCUUACACUUUGUCAUCUUGAGAGAAUUUUUCCUCCAUCAUUUUUCGAUAUAAUGGAGCACUUGCCUAUUCACCUAGCAGAGGAGGCCAAGAUUGCUGGUCCAGUGUAUCUUAUGACACUUAAGUCAUAUAUGCGUAAUCGAAGUCAUCCAGAAGGUUCAAUUGCAGAGGGAUACUUAGUUGAAGAGUGUAUGACCUUUUGCUUAAGGUACUUGGAUGAUGUCGAGUCAAAAUUGAAUCGACCAAUAAGGAAUUACAAUGUUAGCGACAAUCAUGGGAUAUUACUGGGUCAUGCUUUAGGAAAAGGAAAAGGGGAGCAUCAUGAUUUUAUUAAGCGGUCACAUCGUCGUCUCAAAGAUUUUGAUGUGGAUCGCCGUCACAAUGAUGAGUUUCCCAGAUGGUUUAAUUCUCAUGUUGAAGAGCUUCUAGCUAUUGAAAAUGAUGUGUUGUCAGAUGAGAUUAAAACUUUGGCAUUGGGACCUAGUAAAAAGGCCAUGAGAUUCAAUGGGUAUAUAAUUAAUGGUACUAGGUAUCAUACGAGGAGUCCUGAGUGGAGAAGAAAAACUCAAAAUAGUGGGGUUAUGGUGAAAGCAAAGACUUGUGGCUAUGCAAGUACCAGAGACAAGAAUCCUGUGGAAGGUGAAGUAGCAUACUAUGGAUAUGUGACAGAUAUUAUUGAAUUGUAUUACUCAUACGACCGUAGAUAUGUGCUAUUCAUGUGCGACUGGAUUGACAACAACAAAGGACUGAAGCAGGAUGGGUUUGGUUUCACACUUGUUAAUUUCAAUCAUUUGUUAUAUACAAAGAAACAAAAUAGUGAUGAGCCAUUCAUCCUAGCAUCUCAGGCACAACAAGUUUUCUAUGUUAAUGAUCCCGUUGAAGCUGAUUAG